UUUCUUAAUUUAUUUUUAUUUUUAUUUUAUUAUACUUUAAGUUCUAGGGUACAUGUGCACAACGUGCAGGUUUGUUACAUAUGUAUACAUGUGCCACGUUGGUGUGCUGCAACCAUUAACUCGUCAUUUACAUUAGGUAUAUCUCCUAAUGCUAUCCCUCCCCCAGCCCCCCACCCCACAGACAGGCCCUGGUGAGUGAUGUUCCCCUUCCUAUGUCCAAGUGUUCUCAUUGUUCAAUUCCCACCUGAGUGAGAACAUGCGGUGUUUGGUUUUUUUGUCCUUGCGAUAGUUUGCUGAGAAUGAUGGUUUCCAGCUUCAUCCAUGUCCCUACAAAGGACAUGAGCUCAUCAUUUUUUAUGGCUGCAUAGUAUUCCAUGGUGUCUAUGUGCCACAUUUUCUUAAUCCAGUCUAUCAUUGAUGGACAUUUGGGUUGGUUCCAAGUCUUUGCUAUUGUGAAUAGUGCCACAAUAAACAUACAUGUGCAUGUGUCUUUAUAGCAGCAUGAUUUAUAAUCCUUUGGGUAUAUACCCAGUAAUGGGAUGGCUGGGUCAAGUGGUAUUUCUAGUUCUAGAUCCUUGAGGAAUUGCCACACUGUCUUCCACAAUGGUUGAACUAGUUUACAGUCCCACCAACAGUGUAAAAGUGUUUCUACUUCUCCACAUCCUCUCCAGCACCUGUUAUUUCCUGACUUUUUAAUGAUCACCAUUUUAACUGGUGUGAGAUGGUAUCUCAGUGUGGCUUUGAUUUGCAUUUCUCUGAUGGCCAGUGAUGAUGAGCAUUUAUCCAUGUGUCUGUUGGCUGCAUAAAUGUCUUCUUUUGAGAAGUGUCUGUUCGUAUCCUUUGCCCACUUGUUGAUGGGGUUGUUUGUUUUUUUCUUGUAAGUUUGUUUGAGUUAUUUGUAGAUUCUGGAUAUUAGCCCUUUGUCAGAUGAGUAGAUUGCAAAAAUGUUCUCCCAUUCUGUAGGCUGCCUGUUCACUCUGAUGGUAGUUUAUUUCGCUGUGCAGAAGCUCUUUAGUUUAAUCAGAUCCCAUUUGUCAAUUUUGGCUUUUGUUGCCAUUGCUUUUGGUGUUUUAAACAUGAAGUCCUUGCCCAUGCCUAUGUCCUGAAUGGUAUUGCCUAGGUUUUCUUCUAGAGUUUUUAUGGUUUUAGGUCUAAGAUUUAAGUAUUUAAUCCAUCUUGAAUUAAUUUUUGUAUAAGGUGUAAGGAAGGGAUCCAGUUUCAGCUUUCUACAUAUGGCUAGCCAGUUUUCCCAGCACCAUUUAUUAAAUAGGGAAUCCCUUCCCCAUUUCUUGUUUUUGUCAGGUUUGUCAAAGAUCAGAUGGUUGUAAAUGUGUGGUAUUAUUUCCAAGGGCUCUAUUCUGUUCCAUUGGUCUAUAUCUCUGUUUUGGUACCAGUACCAUGCUGUUUUGGUUACUGUAGCCUUGUAGUAUAGUUUGAAGUCAGGUAGCAUGAUGCCUCCAGCUUUGUUCUUUUGGCUUAGGAUUGACUUGGCAAUGUGGGCUCUUUUUUGGUUCCAUAUGAACUUUAAAGUAGUUUUUUCCAAUUCUGUGAAGAAAGUCAAUGGUAGCUUAGUGGGGAUGGCAUUGAAUCUAUAAAUUACCUUGGGCAGUAUGGCCAUUUUCACGAUAUUGAUUCUUCCUAUCCAUGAGCAUGGAAUGUUCUUCCAUUUGUUUGUGUCCUCUUUUAUUUUGUUGAGCAGUGGUUUGUAGUUCUCCUUGAAGAGGUCCUUCGCAUCCCUUGUAAGUUGGAUUCCUAGGUAUUUUAUUCUUUUUGAAGCAAUUGUGAAUGGGAGUUCACUCAUGAUUUGGCUGUUUGUCUAGGAAGAAACUGCAUCAACUAACGAGCAAAAUAACCAGCUAACAUCAUAAUGACAGGAUCAAAUUCACACAUAAUAAUAUUAACCUUAAAUGUAAAUGGGCUACAUACUCCAAUUAAAAGACACAGACUGGCAAAUAGGAUAAAGAGUCAAGACCCAUCAGUGUGCUGUAUUCAGGAGACCCAUCUCAGGGGCAGAGACACACAUAGGCUCAGAAUAAAGGGAUGGAGGAAGAUCUACCAAGCAAAUGGAAAACAAAAAAAGGCAGGGGUUGCAAUUCUAGUCUCUGAUAAAACAGACUUUAAACCAACAAAGAUCAAAAGAGACAAAGAAGGCCAUUACAUAAGGGUAAAGGAAUCAAUUCAACAAGAAGAGCUAACUAUCCUAAAUAUAUAUGCACCCAAUACAGGAGUACCCAGAUUCAUAAAGCAAGUCCUUAGAGACCUACAAAGAGACUUAGACUCCCACACAAUAAUAAUGGGAGACUUUAACACCCCACUGUCAACAUUAGACAGAUCAAUGAGACAGAAAGUUAAAAAAGAUAUCCAGGAAUUGAACUCAGCUCUGCACCAAGCCGACCUAACAGACGUCUACAGAACUCUCCACCCCAAAUCAACAUAAUAUACAUUCUUCUCAGCACCACACCACACUUAUUCCAAAAUUGACCACAUAGUUGGAAGUAAAACACUCCUCAGCAAAUGUAAAAGAACAGAAAUUAUAACAAAUUGUCUCUCAGACCACAGUGCAAUCAAACUAGAACUCAGGAUGAAGAAACUCACUCAAAACCACUCAACGACAUGGAAACUGAACAACCUGCUCCUGAAUGACUACUGGGUACAUAAUGAAAUGAAGGCAGAAAUAAAGAUGUUCUUUGAAACCAAUGAGAACAAAGACACAACAUACCAGAAUCUCUGGGGCACAUUUAAAGCAGUGUGUAGAGGGAAAUUUAUAGCACUAAAUACCCAUAAAAGAAAGCAGGAAAGAUCUAAAAUUGACACCCUAAUAUCACAAUUAAAAGAACUAGAGAAGCAAGAGCAAACACAUUCAAAAGCUAGCAGAAGGCAAUAAAUAACUAAGAUCAGAGCAGAACUGAAGGACAUAGAGACACAAAAACCCUUCAAAAAAUCAAUGAAUCCGGGAGCUGGUUUUUUGAAAAGAUCAACAAAAUUGAUAGACAGCUAGCAAGACUAAUAAAGAAGAAAAGAGAAGAAUCAAAUAGACGCAAUAAAAAAUGAUAAAGGGGAUAUCACCACUGAUCCCACAGACAUACAAACUACUAUCAGAGAAUGUUAUAAACACCUCUAUGCAAAUAAACUAGAAAAUCGAGAAGAAAUGGAUAAAUUCCUGGACACAUACAUCCUCCCAAGACUAAACCAGGAAAAAACUGAAUCCCUGAAUAGACCAAUAACAGGCUCUGAAAUUGAGCCAAUAAUUAAUAGCCUACCAACCAAAAAAGUCCAGGACCAGAAGGAUUCACAGCCGAAUUCUACCAGAGGUACAAGGAGGAGCUGGUACUAGUCCUUCUGAAACUAUUCCAAUCAAUAGAAAAAGAGGGAAUCCUCCCUAACUCAUUUUAUGAGGCCAGCAUCAUCCUGAUACCAAAGCCUGGCAGAGACACAACAAAAAAAGAGAAUUUUAGACCAAUAUCCCUGAUGAACAUCGAUGCAAAAAUCCUCAAUAAAAUACUGGCAAACCGAAUCCAGCAGCACAUCAAAAAGCUUAUCCACCAUGAUCAAGUGGGCUUCAUCCCUGGGAUGCAAGGCCGGUUCAACAUAUGCAAAUCAAUAAACGUAAUCCAUCAUAUAAACAGAACCAAAGGAAAAAAACCACAUGAUUAUCUCAAUAGAUGCAGAAAAGGCCUUUGACAAAAUUCAACAGCGCUUCAUGCUAAAAACACUCAAUAAAUUAGGUAUUGAUGGGACGUAUCUAAAAAUAAUAAGAGCUAUUUAUGACAAACCCACAGCCAAUAUCGUAUUGAAUAGGCAAAAACUGGAAGCAUUCCCUUAGAAAACUGGCACAAGACAGGGAUGUCCUCUCUCACCACUGCUAUUCAACAUAGUGUUGGAAGUUCUGGCCAGGGCAAUCAGGCAGGAGAAAGAAAUAAAGAGUAUUCAAUUAGGAAAAGAGGAAGUCAAAUUGUCCGUUUGCAGAUGACAUGAUUGUAUAUUUAGAAAACCUCAUCGUCUCAGCCCGAAAUCUCCUUAAGCUGAUAAGCAACUUCAGCAAAGUCUCAGGAUACAAAAUCAGUGUGCAAAAAUCACAAGAAUUCUUAUACACCCAGCCCCAUUUUCGACGCCCUCUACUUGGCAGCCAGUGAGCCCCCGGCCCCUGCGUUUCUGGCUCCAGCCCCAGGUGGCGGCGCUGUAGGCUGGAGCCCCUGGAAAACGCUGGCCUGGCAGCCCUGAGGAGUGUUCCAGGCCCUUGGACCGCAGGGAGGGCAACCAAAUGGCAGAGGCGGUAACGGAGAGCAUCCCUGAACGGUAAAAAGUCGUCUAAAGGAUCGAAGGCACGGAGUGUGAGCGAGUCCGUGGGCGGGACAGUGCCUUCGGGUGCCGGUCAGGGGAGCGAGCGGCGGAAGAGGCGGGUCCAGGGCGGUGUAAUUAAGGCGCGGAGCCCAGACCCUCCUGCUACAGUGCCUCGGGCUUUCCUGGAGGCGGGCGGCGGGAUGCUGCUCCGUUCUCCGGGUCCUCUCCUCCGGUUCUUGUCGUUUGGUCACGCCCUCAGUUCAGUCGGUUAUUGGAGAACGAUCAGGGCCCAAAGAUGGUUUACGUGGCGUUGUGGAUGUUAUCACCGUUGUUUGGUGACCGAGCCUGGAGCUUGAGCCCUGGGACGUCUUGCCAGCCGCAUGUGGUCCCGUGCCCACCUCUCGCGGUGGCGCGUUAAUCCACCUAGACUGUGCAUUGGUCCAGUCUGGGUUGACCCCGACCCGAAGUGGCCCUUUCCUUCGCGUCCUGAACUUCGCUUCUCCGUCGGUGUCUGGUCUCUUCCCGCCGGCGGGCUCUGCGGUGCCGGGAGGAGCUGUACUACUCGUGCCUUAGCGCACCCUUCCUUUCCCAGGCCGGAAACGCGAAAUGCUGUCGGCCUUCCAGAGGCUGUUCCGAGUCUUAUUUGUGAUUGAAACAGUCUCAGAAUGCGGAGUCCUCAUCUUCAUUUAUGGAUGGCCCUUUCUCCAGACCCUUGCGAUGCUUCUGAUCCGGACAGUGUCUUUCCACCUUCGGACCCGCAGAAAUCGAGAGAGAAACUCAAGGAGCGGAAAGACCAGAUGCCGAUCCAAAAGGUCGGAGCAGAGCAUGGACAUGGGAACGAGUGCUCUCAGCAAGAAGCCGUGGUGGACCCUGCCUCAAAACUUUCAUGCACCAAUGGUGUUUCACAUGGAAGAGGACCAGGAGGAGCUCAUCUUCGGGCAUGGUGACACAUACCUUCGCUGCAUUGAGGUGCACAGCCACACCCUUAUUCAGCUGGAGAGUUGGUUCACAGCUACAGGCCAGACUCGUGUGACUGUAGUCGGACCACAUAGGGCAAGGCAGUGGCUCCUGCACAUGUUUUGUUGUGUGGGGAGCCAGGACUCCUAUCAUCAUGCUCGAGGCCUGGAGAUGCUGGAACGUGUCCGAAGCCAGCCUCUGACCAACGAUGACCUGGUCACCUCCAUUAGUGUGCCACCGUACACUGGAGACCUGUCCUUGGCUCCCAGGAUAAGUGGAACCGUGUGUCUUAGCGUUCCUCAGCCUUCCCCUUACCAAGUGAUUGGUUGUUCGGGUUUCCAUUUGAGUUCACUGUAUCCGUAAUUAAGGACUGAUCUCCCCUGGGAAGUGGGGAUGAGAGGAGAAGUCUUGGCUUCACUUUUGGUGAGAAAGACAUGAAAGACACUGAGGAAAGUUUGAACUUGUGGCCGGGACCUGUCCCUCUCAGGUCUUCUAGACAUGUGUCUGAGGGAAGUCUCUUGAAUGUAAGAAAGUGUUAUUGGCAAAGCAAUCCAAUAAAAUAAGCUACCUAUGAUGCAAAGCCUUCGAUGUGCUGUUCUU